GGCACCGCCUCCCGCCGUCAUCUGCGCUGGAGGUGAGGAAGCGCGGCAGUGCCGGCCGGGAGCGCCGGGGGCGGCAGCUGGGGCCCCCUCUCCGGCCUCGGGGCGCUCGGCGGGGCGCCGACGGCGAGGGGCUGCCCCGCAGCAGCGGUCCCGGUCCCGGUCCGGCCGCGGGCAGCGCUGAGCUUGCCCUGCCCUGCCCUCCGCCCUGCCCUGCCCUGCCCCGCCGUGUGUCCCCUGUUGCGGACUGGCGGGCGGGCGCGGCGUGCCCGGGGACUGCGGCGUGGGCUCUCCGGUCCUGAAAGACCCUUUGUUCUCGUGUGUGAGCAAGAAGCUUGAAGUCCUCCUUCAGUGAACUGGAAAUUCAAUUUUUUUAUGUUCCUUCUUCAUUCUCCAGUUGGAAAAACCAUAUCAACCUCUUGCAAGAUCGGAGAACACACCCUGGAGCUGAGGCACAGAGGCUGAAAGAUUCAUUCAGUGGUGUAUAAGAAAUGUGCAAUUGCAGAUCAAGACCCAGUGUUGGUGGUGUUUGGAAAGACGUAAGAGAUCUUCAGGUGCUUCUGGAGAAAGCAGAAGACACAGUAGUUGGCAGUAAAUGUUAAGUAGGCUAACAGGGAGUAGAGGAAUGAGAUAGCUUUAAGGCCCUUGGAAUGAAGCCUUGAAUUUGGAAACUAAUGGAGGAGGAACAAAGCCCAACCCACCUCUUCCAUGCAGAGCAUUUUUGGCUUAGGAGCCUUGCCUCUUCUGCAAAAUUUUGUGUAACAAAGGUCUCCAGCUUCACAUUAGAGCUGAAAUCUGGCAGUGUAUGACUGUCCCCAAGGUGAUUUGGUGGAAGAAUCUGUCUACAGAUCUGCAAAUCCUUUCAGUGAGUUGAAGAACUGACUUUAAAAGCGACUCUCACAGCUUCCAUAAGGAGAAUAUAUCUGAACAAACCACAUACUUUGAAUAGAUGUCAUUUUUUCAAAGUCUGCAUUUAGGACUAGGAGGUGUUUGGAGCAGAAGGCUGGAACUGAAGGCUGUAAUCUUGUGUUUUAAGAAGACAGUACGAUAGUAUCUAAAAAGCUAAAGAUCUUUAUAGCCAUCUUUCACUCAUGGUUUAAGUGCAGCCAGCCACAGAGCCCCACACACUGGCUCACUCACUACCCCCUGAUGGAAGUGGGGAGAGAAUCAAUCAGGCUGUGAAAAACAUUACCAUCACCAAUGAAUGGCUUGAUCUUCACUCUCAGCUCCAGAUGACCUGUUCUGUUGUUCAUAAGGAUGUCGUCUGUUACUGAAAAUGGAGACGUUACUGCUGGAAAGCCAAAUGAAGAGAAAACAUAUAAAAAGACUGCAUCCUCAGCUAUUAAAGGUGCUAUCCAGUUGGGAAUAGGAUACACAGUAGGAAAUCUUACUUCAAAACCAGACAGAGAUGUUCUUAUGCAAGACUUCUAUGUAGUGGAAAGUGUCUUUCUACCAAGUGAAGGGAGCAACCUUACCCCUGCUCAUCAUUACCCUGACUUCAGAUUUAAGACAUAUGCACCUCUUGCCUUCCGCUAUUUCAGAGAACUUUUUGGUAUCAAGCCUGAUGACUAUUUGUACUCAAUCUGCAGUGAACCUUUAAUUGAAUUAUCCAACCCAGGUGCCAGUGGGUCUUUAUUUUUUGUAACUAGUGGUGACGAAUUCAUCAUCAAAACAGUUCAACACAAAGAGGCUGAGUUUCUUCAGAAGCUCUUGCCAGGUUAUUAUAUGAAUCUGAACCAGAAUCCAAGGACACUUCUUCCCAAAUUUUAUGGGCUGUACUGCGUUCAGUCAGGAGGCAUUAAUAUUAGAAUUGUUGUCAUGAACAAUGUUUUGCCACGAGCCUUGAAAAUGCAUUUCACAUAUGACUUGAAAGGCUCCACAUACAAACGCAGAGCAUCAAGAAAAGAGAGGGAGAAGUCCAACCCUACAUUCAAAGACCUGGAUUUCCUGCAAGAUAUGCAUGAAGGGUUGUAUUUUGACUCUGAAACACACAGUGCACUCAUGAAAACACUACAACGGGAUUGUCGAGUUCUAGAAAGCUUUAAGAUCAUGGAUUACAGUCUGCUUCUGGGGAUCCACAUAUUGAACAGUAACAUGAAGGAAAGAGAAGGAGAGUGUUCCCAGAGUGCAUCAGAUGCAAAACGCCAUGGAGGGCAGAAAGUUCUCUAUUCCACAGCCAUGGAGUCUAUACAGGGCCCUGGGAAGUCUGGAGACUCCGUCACCACAGAGAAAACAAACACAAUGGGAGGUAUUCCAGCAAAAAGCCAUAAAGGUGAAAAGCUGCUUUUAUUUAUGGGUAUUAUUGAUAUUCUCCAGUCUUACAGGUUAAUGAAGAAGCUGGAACAUUCUUGGAAAGCUCUUGUUUAUGAUGGGGAUACUGUUUCAGUUCACCGACCAAGUUUUUAUGCAGACAGAUUUUUAAAGUUUAUGAAUGCAAGAGUUUUCAAAAAAGUUCAAGCUUUAAAGCCUUCGCCUUCAAAGAAACGGUGUAAUUCCAUCACAGCCCUAAAGGCAGCAUCACAAGAAAUAGUGUGUGCUGUUAGCCAGGAGUGGAAGGAUGAAAAGCAUGGCAUUCUUGCUGAAGGACAAAGUUAUGCCAGCCUUGAUGAAGAAGUACUAGGUUCACACCACCGGCCGGAUCUAGUGCCAAGCACUCCGUCUCUCUUUGAAGCAGCUUCCUUGGCAACCACACUUUCCUCUUCUUCCUUGAAUGCAGAUGAUCACUGUCAACGUGAUCAAUCUACACUCUAUUCGAGCAGUAAAGGGUUACCUUCAAGUUCAACAUUCACUUUAGGAGACAGUGCCAUCUAUUUGACUUCAGAACAGAGCACAUUGGAAAUGGAAAAUGAUAAUGCUUCAGUUUUGGAUGUCUACUUAUAACAAAGAAUCUAUGAAGAGUAAAACUAAGGGAAGUGACCAUGGUUAAUGAAGAGCACUUUCUGCACUCCUUGUUUAAGAAGGAGGAAUUUGCUGAGCCUAACAGACAAAGAGAAAUAAUCAACAGAACUAAUUCUAAGAAGUGCCAGGAUGUUGAAACCAUAGAAUGAAUUGAUGGACUUGACAAAAAUGACAUGAAACAUUACACACUCUGCUGUCAUCUGUGUCGCUUGCUCAACUGUGAAGAACUGUGUAUUCAGGCUGCUUUCUACAAUAUUGCCAAUCACCUUUUUUGGACUCUGAAGUGAUAUUUUCUUAUCAGCUCUCUAGUGGUUUCAUUUGCAUGCAUUCUGUAACUAUGCACAAGCAAAAUCUAUUAUCUACUUUAUCUAUUUAAAAGCAAACACAGUGGUGAAUAAAAUAAAUUUCAUUUUUCUGACCCACUCCAUUCUAAUCACUUAGGUCCACAUCAGUGGAAACUGGAACUGAUGUUGUAUGAGGGUUAGGGCAAAUCUCUGCACACACCAUAUGAAAAUGAGCCUCUAAAGAUACUUUCACUGUUGGUAAAAAGGAGAUGAAAAUGUUAUUUAUAACAAGGCCUUAUGUUGUGUACAUAUAUUGUCCUUGAAAUAUUUUUGAUUUUACUUUAUUUCUUGUAAAAGAGAAAUUCUAUAAUUUAUUUAGAAAAUACUACUGUAAACUAUAGUUUUAUUGAUGAAUAAAAGAUUUUAUUCUGAAGACUA